CGCCAAAUGCAGAGUCAUCGCGUAUCAGACACUCCUUGAAGGCAGCACGUCGCCUCUGUGCGUCAGUGCGUGAUAUCCUUCCGCGGGAGUAGAAGCGCGCGGCCCUUUCCCUCCCCGACAACACAGGAUGCAAACGGGCGGAGUGUGUGAACCUACGCGACGUUACUCUGCGCCACGGCCGUUAACGAUUCCCACAACAUCCAAGUGAAAAACACCGGAGCCAGCAUCGGGGGGGAACUGACGCCUCUUUUUAACACCGUGUGGCUUCCACCGACUGAGUCCUGUGGAAGAAAUAUAAUCCGCUGCGAGCGAAAGUAUCGAAGCUAGCGGCCGAGUGAAGAGAGGCAGCCGGUGGACGGAAUGGAGCUCAUCACUAUCCUCGAGAAAACGGUCUCUCCAGAUCGGAAUGAACUGGAGGCGGCACAGAAGUUUCUGGAGCAGGCAGCGAUAGAAAACCUGCCCACAUUCCUGGUGGAGUUGUCCAAAGUGUUGGCGAACCCGGGGAACACUCAGGUGGCUCGAGUUGCUGCCGGUCUGCAGGUGAAGAACUCGCUGACCUCCAAAGACCCCGACGUAAAGACACAGUACCAGCAGAGAUGGCUGGCCAUCGACGGCAACGCUCGCCGCGAGAUCAAGAACUACGUUUUACAGACUCUGGGUACGGAGACAUACCGGCCCAGCUCGGCGUCGCAGUGCGUCGCCGGUAUCGCCUGCGCAGAGAUCCCGGUUAACCAGUGGCCCGAGCUGAUCCCACAGCUGGUCGCCAACGUCACCGACCCCUCCAGCACCGAACACAUGAAGGAGUCCACACUGGAGGCCAUCGGAUACAUCUGCCAGGACAUCGACCCAGAGCAGCUGCAGGAGAAUGCCAACCAGAUCCUGACCGCCAUCAUCCAGGGCAUGAGGAAAGAGGAGCCGAGCAACAACGUGAAGCUGGCCGCUACCAACGCCCUGCUCAACUCUCUGGAGUUCACUAAAGCUAACUUUGACAAGGAGACGGAGAGACACUUCAUCAUGCAGGUUGUGUGCGAGGCGACACAGUGCCCCGACACCCGAGUGCGUGUUGCAGCCUUACAGAACCUGGUGAAGAUAAUGUCUCUGUAUUAUCAGUACAUGGAGACUUACAUGGGACCUGCUCUGUUCGCGAUCACCAUCGAGGCGAUGAAGAGCGACAUCGAUGAGGUGGCCUUGCAGGGGAUUGAGUUCUGGUCCAACGUCUGUGACGAGGAGAUGGACCUGGCCAUCGAGGCCUCCGAGGCCUCAGAGCAGGGACGCCCCCCGGAGCACACCAGUAAAUUCUACGCGAAAGGAGCCCUGCAGUACCUAGUCCCCAUUCUGACCCAGACCCUCACCAAGCAGGACGAGAACGACGACGAUGACGACUGGAACCCGUGCAAGGCAGCUGGCGUGUGUUUGAUGCUGCUCGCUACCUGCUGUGAGGACGACGUGGUCCCUCACGUUUUGCCCUUUAUCAAAGAACACAUCAAAAACCCCGACUGGCGCUACAGAGACGCCUCCGUCAUGGCCUUCGGAUCCAUCCUGGAGGGGCCUGAGCUCAACCAGCUCAAACCGCUAGUCAUACAGGCGAUGCCGACCCUGAUCGAGCUGAUGAAGGACCCCAGCGUGGUGGUGAGGGACACCACGGCAUGGACAGUGGGGAGGAUCUGUGAGCUGCUUCCCGAAGCCGCCAUCAACGAGGUCUACCUUGCCCCCUUGCUGCAGUGCCUGAUUGAGGGUCUGGGAGCUGAGCCCAGGGUGGCCUCCAACGUGUGCUGGGCAUUCUCAUCUCUGGCUGAAGCUGCGUAUGAAGCCACGGACGCUGCAGAGGAUCAGGAGGAACCAAGCACUUACUGCCUGUCCUCCUCCUUUGAGAUCAUCGUCCAGAAACUCCUCGAGACAACAGACAGGCCCGACGGUCACCAGAACAACCUCCGCUCGGCUGCAUACGAGGCUCUGAUGGAGAUUGUGAAGAACAGCGCCAAGGACUGCUACCCCGCCGUGCAAAAAACAACGCUGGUCAUCAUGGAGAGGCUGCAGCAGGUCCUGCAGAUGGAGUCCCACAUCCAGAGCACCUCAGACAGAAUCCAGUUCAACGACCUGCAGUCACUGCUGUGUGCCACUCUACAGAAUGUCCUGCGUAAGGUGCAGCAUCAGGAUGCGCUGCAGAUCUCGGACGUGGUGAUGGCGUCUCUGCUGCGGAUGUUCCAGAGCACGGCCGGCUCCGGAGGCGUUCAAGAGGACGCUCUGAUGGCUGUGUCCACGCUGGUCGAAGUUCUGGGCAGUGACUUCCAGAAGUACAUGGAACCUUUCAAGCCCUUCCUGGCAAUCGGAUUGAAGAACUACGCAGAGUAUCAGGUGUGUCUGGCAGCAGUGGGUCUGGUGUGCGACCUGUGCAGAGCCCUGAUGACCAACAUCUUGCCUUACUGUGACGAGAUCAUGCAGCUGCUGCUGGAGAACCUUGGGAACGAGAACGUCCAUCGGUCUGUGAAGCCGCAGAUCCUCUCUGCGUUCGGCGACAUCGCUCUGGCUAUCGGAGGAGAGUUCAAGAAGUACCUGGAGAUCGUCUUAGACACCCUGCAGCAGGCGUCACAGGCACAAGUUGACAAGACGGACUACGACAUGGUGGACUACCUGAACGAGUUGAGGGAGGGCUGUUUGGAGGCGUACACUGGGAUCAUUCAGGGCCUGAAAGGGGACCAGGAGAACGUGCAUCCUGACGUGAUGUUGGUUCAGCCCCGGGUGGAGUUCAUUCUCUCCUUCAUCCACCACAUAGCCGAGGACGAGGAUCACUCUGAUGGAGUCGUGGCCAACGCUGCUGGACUCAUCGGUGACCUGUGCACAGCGUUCGGUAAAGACGUGAUGAAGCUGGUGGAGGUUCGUCCACUCAUCAACGACCUGCUGACGGAGGGUCGACGCUCCAAAACCACCAAGACCAAGACACUCGCCACCUGGGCCACUAAGGAGCUCCGCAAGCUCAAGAGCCAGGCCUGAUUGUUGCCGGUCGGGGAAAAGAGAGAGAUUUUUGAGAGUUGGACAUCAGUGAACAAUGAGGACAAACUGCCCCACUGGAAUAAACUCUUCUGUCUUUGUGUCGAGCGUCCGGUCGAAGCAGAAGUGAGACGAAGUGUGAGCUGAGUGAGUGUCUGUGUGUGAGAGAGAAAGAGAGAGAGAGAGACGUGUGAGCGAGCGAGAGACCAUGACAUCACACCACCUUCAGUUCCAGCAGGCAACAACCCCACCACCCUUCCCCAUCCCCCUUCUCCCAUCGACGGCCUGUGGACUGGACUCUGACUCCCCCCCUCCUCCCCAAAAAUCAAAACAAACAAAAACUCCCACCUCCUCCUCCCACAAUCCACCUCUCUCGCUGUAGCCGGGCUCUCCUGCGACAUCACGAUGACGUCACCGACCCGCCACCGCCCCCCGAGCCGGGGGGAGGGGGGGAGGAGGGAAAACAGAUAAAAACAUGACGAGAAAAUAAAAAGACUUUUGUGGAAUCAGCGCUUCAAAGCGAGCGGACUCUGUGGAAACCUUAGAUUUUUGUUGCUCUUAUUUUUCUUUUUCUUCCUGCGAGCACUCAAACGGCGGCGGAGAGCUGACGGACACCUCCACCUGCUCAGCCUCUGCCGCUCAACGCUCUUAUACAAAACAACAACAGCACUAAAUUCCUUCAAAAUAAAAGUCAAAAGCCGACGAGGAAUCCUCCAAGGAGCGAGUGCCAAAUGGAAAUAGUUUAGUGGAAAUAAAGCGCGUGGUGUGAGCUGCUGGUGAAGCGUUUCAGUUUUUAUUUCCCGCUGCACUUGGUUUGGGAACGGGUCACUCACCAUUUUGCUUGUUUAAAAAAAAAUUCAGAGAAUUGAAGACGUUUGUAUGAGGUUAUAUUUUUCCAUUGCUAUGAUGAAAAUAAAGUAAAAAACAAUAAAAUGAUAUGAAACAUUC